GAAGAGGUAGGCUAAGUAGCUGCUAGUUAGAGCUACCAGUUGCUACCAUGUAAGCAAGUCAAGCUGAGGUUAGACCUUUCGGGAAAGGCAGUGACUGGAAUUACCGUCGUGAAAGCGUUUUAAUAAGGCUUUCAUUAUGCGGCGGGGGGAGCACGUUGCAAGGGCUUUCCAGGCCCCUGUGGAUGUCCAUGCUAGUGCGGAUGGCCAGGUUUACAUGUUCAGAAGGAUGCCGAAUGAGUCCGCUGCUUCUUCAGAUGAUGAGGAGCUUAUCGUCACAGAGAUGAGGCCUCGAGUGUUCAGAGAGCAAGACCAGGACAGUCAGAGGAACAUCCAGCUGCUUGAACGGGAGGUGUCAGACGGUGACAACCUCAACAAGCUUGCACUGCAAUAUGGCUGCAAGGUAGCAGAUAUAAAGCGGAUUAACAACCUUAUGCAGGAACAAGAUCUAUUUGGACUGAAAUCUAUCAAAAUACCUGUUCAGAAACACAGCUUUUUAACAGAGGGUUACGCAGAUCUCACUGAACCUCAUGAAGAAAGUCCACAUUCAUCUGCCACACCGGUGAGGUCUCAAGACAGAGGAAGAGCCCAGCCACAUCUUCAGGAGGCCACAGACUUUCUAAUGGAGGUGGACCAGGACAUUGAGAGACUGAUUCAGACGACAAAUGAUCAAGAUGACGAUUUCUUGGAGAACAGAGGGAGGUUUGGGUUUAAAGGACGGGGUCUGACCUGGCACGGUGCGGACUGGGGAAUCCAGUGGUGGAACGCUGUGGUGGCCAUGCUCCUCAUAGGCAUCGUCCUGCCUUUAUUUUAUGUUAUUUAUUUCAAAACAAAAGAUAAUGGUGUAGUUUCACCAACAGAUGGCAGUGGAGCUACACAGGCUCCAGGCAACUCUUCUAACAUCUCAGGACUAGGCCUUGCUUUAAGAGGAGAUGGAUAGUACAGGCUUGAAUUUAAGAAAACUAGAAUGGUACUGGUCAGCUAAGAUGCUACUAGAAAGAAGAACAAGCCAAAUUUUAAACAUUUGACUCAAGUGCAAUACCACCACUUUAACUAUCUUCACCAGCAGAGCAAACCUUGUAUACAAACAUUAUGGUACUUCAGGUAAAAACCUCUAUUCUUUUCUUCAAGUGAAAUAUCAAAUGUCUGUCACCGAAAUGGGAAUUUUGCUUCCAUAACCACAUUGGGGCUGGUAAAAUUUUUCUCUUUGGGUCAUUCAUUUAGAUUUUGAGCUUUCUAUGUGAAUAAUACACUGAUUUGCACCUAUUGCAGGCUCUAUGCCAAGGUACAGAGAAAAAGAAAUAGUAAAUAAUAGUAGUGUAGUUAACAUUUUUAGACAUUUUCAAAGCAUUUUUUAAUUGCUUUGGAUGACAGUGACAUCAUAUUCACUGAUACAGAUAUACCUUUGAUACUUCUUUUCCUGCCAACCAAAAAAAUCAGGCGCUAGUAUUAAAUGGUCAUUAGCUCCCCACUCAUUUCUAUGGAGGCUUAAUCAUUACCUGCCUUUUCACCAGUGCCUGUUGUCAGUAUAAAUACACAAGGAGCAUUAAAAUCCCAGGUACAUUUUCUAUCACCUCUUUUUUAUAAAGUCAUAUAUUUUAAAAUUUUGCUUAUAAAUUGUAAGAAGUGAGACAUCUGUGAUAUCCUCUUGUUAAAGCUGAGUGUAAACAGUAUUUGCUAUGGGUUUUAGUAUCACUUGUGUGCCUUAACUUAUUUGUGUGUGUGUGCCUUGUUAAGUUAUUGCCAUACACCUCAUACCUUUGUAUAGUUCUACACACACCGAAAUUAAAACAUUGUAGUUACGAUAUGAAAUUGGUGCAAUCUAUGAAAUUGUGUUUGAUUUUAUGUGUUCAUGUGACAACUUGCAAGAGAUUUGCAUGUUGAAAAUGACCUGUAAGAUAAAUGCAAGUGCCUUAAGCUUUUUAUAGUAUUGUGCACUACGUCUUACAUAUGUUUGUGUGGCUUCUCCAAUGCACUUUAAAUGAAACUGGAAUGGAUAUUUUUCAAACAUUGGAGUCACUUUGUCAUCCAUUUUUGAUAGAAGAUGUGACACAAUGAAUGUGAAGGAGUUGUUCUUCAGCAUGGUCCUAGUUGAAUACAAACUUAACAUGUGAAAGUGUU